CUAACAUGUGUCACUUUCUGUGUUUUUUACGGAAGAAGCAAAGUGGGAACAAUUGGAAAAGCAAUCUGACUGUAAAAAGAAGCAGACCAGUAUUUGUCUGUCUUUGACGCUUGCAUUCAAUUAAGAAGAAGAUGAUGAUGAAGAAGAAGAACAGCCCAAGACAACCGAGAGAGUAAAAAAGAGAAAAAUUCACCCAAACUGUAGCACAGCCAAAGUAGUGGGGUUGAAAAAACUGAGCGGCAAAAACAUCAGCUCAAACCAAGCCGGAUAGAGGGAAAAAAAAAAGGAGAAAAAUAUAAGGUAAAGAGAGAGGAAAAAUUGUUCAUAAAGCGAGGAAUUUCGCCAAUGUCACAAGAUUCUGAGGAGAUAAAGACGAUUGAGCAGUGGAAAUGGUCCGAAAUGCAAGGGCUUGAGCUCGUCUCUUCUGAUCCUCUUCCUCCCGAAUCAUUUAUAACCAACAACCCAUCAGCUCCAACGGCGAAAAACACAGACCCUGAAGACCUCAGACCCACAACAGAAGAGGCUCAAAACGGAAUUGGCAGAGCCACAAACAGAGAAAUGGAAUCUACGAGUGAUUCCAAGAAGGAAAACGGCGGUGGCACCAGUGGGGAGAAGCCUGAGACCGUCACUGCCGUUGGUUUUGGUGAGCUUUUCAGAUUCGCCGAUGGGUUGGAUUACGUUUUGAUGGCAAUUGGGUCGGUCGGAGCUCUUGUCCACGGUUGUUCUUUGCCUCUGUUUCUUCGAUUCUUCGCUGAUCUUGUUAACUCCUUUGGGUCUUAUGCCAAUGAUGUGGAUAAAAUGAUGCAGGAGGUUUUGAAGUACGCAUUCUACUUUCUCGUGGUUGGAGCUGCGAUAUGGGCGUCAUCCUGGGCAGAGAUUUCGUGUUGGAUGUGGACCGGCGAGCGGCAGUCCACGAAGAUGAGGAUCAAGUACCUAGAAGCAGCACUGGACCAGGACAUUCAGUAUUUUGAUACAGAGGUUCGAACAUCUGACGUCGUUUUCGCCAUCAACACUGAUGCAGUGAUGGUCCAAGACGCCAUUAGUGAGAAGCUGGGCAACUUCAUCCACUAUAUGGCAACUUUUGUGUCCGGAUUCGUUGUGGGUUUCACUGCUGUGUGGCAAUUGGCGUUGGUAACUCUUGCGGUGGUUCCUUUGAUUGCUGUAAUCGGCGGCAUCUACACCACCACAAUAGCUAAGCUCUCUGCCAAGACCCAGGAAGCUCUAUCAGAAGCUGGGAAUAUCGUCGAACAGACAAUAGUUCAAAUUCGAGUUGUUUUUGGAUUCGUGGGCGAAUCAAGAGCACUGCAGAGAUACUCCGCCGCAUUGAAGAUUUCCCAAAAGAUAGGUUACAAGAGUGGAUUCUCCAAGGGUAUGGGAUUGGGCGCCACUUACUUUGUUGUUUUCUGCUGUUACGCCCUUCUGCUCUGGUACGGUGGUUAUCUUGUCAGACACCACGCCACCAAUGGCGGUCUGGCCAUAGCCACUAUGUUUGCAGUGAUGAUUGGCGGACUGGCAUUGGGGCAAUCUGCUCCGAGCAUGAGUUCAUUCGCUAAGGCUAAAGUUGCAGCUGCUAAAAUCUACCGUAUCAUCGACCAUAAGCCUACUCUAAACCGCAACAACGAAUCUGGUUUGGAAUUAGAAUCAGUUUCAGGACUGGUUGAGCUGAAGAAUGUAGAUUUCUCAUACCCAUCAAGGCCGGAUGUAAGAAUCCUGAACAAUUUCUCCUUAACUGUCCCUGCCGGAAAAACUAUAGCUCUGGUUGGUAGCAGUGGCUCCGGCAAGAGCACCGUUGUCUCCCUAAUUGAAAGAUUCUAUGACCCCAUUUCAGGAGAAGUUCUACUAGAUGGGCGUGACAUAAAAACUUUGAAGCUGAGAUGGUUAAGGCAGCAAAUAGGAUUGGUGAGCCAAGAACCUGCUCUUUUUGCUACCACCAUCAAGGAGAAUAUUCUCUUGGGUAGACCUGAUGCAGAUCAACUUGAGGUGGAGGAAGCUGCUCGAGUCGCUAAUGCUCAUUCAUUCAUUAUCAAACUUCCUGAAGGCUAUGACACCCAGGUAGGGGAAAGAGGACUGCAGCUUUCUGGAGGGCAGAAGCAGAGGAUCGCAAUAGCAAGGGCAAUGCUUAAAAACCCUGCGAUCCUACUCUUAGACGAAGCUACUAGUGCAUUGGACUCUGAGUCGGAAAAGCUUGUACAGGAAGCUCUUGAUCGUUUUAUGAUCGGGCGGACCACUCUUGUUAUUGCCCAUCGACUCUCUACCAUUCGCAAGGCUGACCUUGUGGCUGUACUCCAACAAGGAAGUGUUUCUGAAAUUGGAACACAUGAUGAGCUCUUUGCUAAAGGAGAGAAUGGUGUAUACGCCAAGCUCAUCCGGAUGCAGGAGAUGGCACAUGAAACUGCUCUCAAUAAUGCCAGAAAGAGUAGUGCAAGGCCUUCGAGUGCCAGGAACUCAGUGAGCUCACCAAUCAUUGCACGAAAUUCUUCCUAUGGACGAUCACCAUAUUCACGUCGAUUAUCCGACUUCUCCACAUCUGAUUUUAGUCUUUCCCUUGAUGCUUCACUUCCCAAUUACAGGCUUGAAAAACUUGCCUUUAAGGAGCAAGCCAGUUCUUUUUGGCGUCUCGUGAAAAUGAAUUCACCUGAAUGGCUUUAUGCAUUACUUGGUUCUAUUGGCUCUGUUGUUUGUGGGUUUUUAAGUGCUUUCUUUGCAUACGUUCUAAGUGCUGUUCUCAGUGUCUAUUACAACCCAGACCAUGGUUUCAUGAGCAGAGAAAUUAUUAAGUACUGCUACUUAUUAAUCGGACUUUCGUCCGCUGCUCUUCUCUUCAAUACAAUACAACAUUUCUUCUGGGAUAUCGUGGGAGAGAACCUCACCAAACGUGUAAGAGAGAAGAUGCUGACAGCAAUACUGAAAAAUGAAAUGGCAUGGUUUGAUCAGGAGGAAAAUGAGAGUGCAAAGAUUGCUGCAAGGCUGGCCCUCGAUGCUAACAAUGUCAGAUCUGCCAUUGGAGACAGGAUUUCUGUGAUUGUACAGAACACAUCACUCAUGCUAGUUGCAUGCACCGCUGGGUUUGUUUUGCAGUGGCGCCUAUCUCUUGUCCUUGUAGCUGUCUUCCCCGUGGUUGUUGCAGCCACUGUUCUACAGAAAAUGUUCAUGACUGGUUUUUCAGGAGACCUUGAGGCCAACCAUGCCAAGGCCACACAACUAGCAGGGGAGGCGAUAGCCAAUGUAAGGACAGUUGCUGCAUUCAACUCAGAAGAAAAGAUUGUCAGACUUUUUUCAACCAACCUCGAGAUCCCACUACGUCGUUGCUUUUGGAAGGGACAGAUUGCUGGUAGUGGAUUUGGUGUUGCUCAGUUUUCUCUUUAUGCUUCCUAUGCUCUUGGUCUUUGGUAUGCCUCAUGGCUUGUAAAGCACGGGCUCUCUGACUUUUCAAAGGCAAUCCGUGUUUUCAUGGUCCUUAUGGUUUCUGCAAAUGGUGCAGCUGAAACACUAACUCUAGCUCCUGACUUUAUUAAGGGUGGUCGAGCCAUGCGUUCAGUCUUUGCACUUCUUGAUCGCAAAACUGAAAUUGAACCUGAUGAUCCAGAUGCCACUCCAGUACCAGAUAAACUUCGUGGAGAAGUUGAAUUUAAACAUGUUGACUUUUCCUACCCAACUCGUCCUGAUAUUCCCGUCUUUAGAGACCUUAGUUUGCGUGCCCGAGCAGGUAAGACUCUUGCUCUCGUUGGCCCUAGCGGGUGUGGCAAGAGCUCUGUUAUUGCACUAGUCCAAAGGUUCUAUGAGCCAACAUCAGGACGAGUUAUGAUUGAUGGGAAGGAUAUUCGUAAGUUCAAUCUCAAGUCCCUGAGAAAGCACAUGGCAAUGGUCCCUCAGGAACCAUGCUUAUUUGCUGCUUCCAUAUAUGAUAAUAUAGCUUAUGGCCACGAAUCAGCCACGGAAGCCGAGAUCAUUGAAGCUGCUACUUUGGCAAAUGCCCAUAAGUUCAUAUCUGGGUUACCAGAAGGAUAUAAAACUUUUGUUGGGGAGAGAGGAGUUCAACUAUCAGGUGGACAGAAACAAAGAAUUGCAAUUGCCCGUGCACUGAUCAGGAAGGCAGAGCUUAUGUUACUAGAUGAGGCAACAAGUGCACUCGAUGCCGAGUCUGAGCGAUCCGUCCAGGAGGCGCUCGACCGAGCUUGUUUGGGAAAAACAACAAUCGUAGUUGCUCAUCGACUAUCAACUAUUAGGAAUGCUCAUGUCAUUGCAGUAAUUGAUGAUGGUAAAGUUUCAGAACAGGGAUCACACUCACAUUUGUUGAAAAAUUACCCUGAUGGGUGUUACGCCAGGAUGAUACAAUUACAAAGAUUCACACACAGCCAAGUCAUUGGUAUGACUUCAGGUUCAACUUCCUCAGCAAGAACUAGAGAGGAUGAGGGGAGAGAGAGCUAGGAAAUGGAACCUUAGUAGUUGAAAAAGAAAGAAAAAGGAAAACAAAAUCCCUUAUACCCUUAUUAAUUCUUUUGGGUUUUGUCUGGCAUUUUCUAUCCAGUAAGUAUAUUAAAUGUAUUAUCUUAAAUUUUUGCCCCA